AGCGCCUGUGUCUCCGCGGCCUGGGUCCCAGGGUCGUGCCGCGGUCGUAGGUGGCGGGGCGGCUUGGCAGCGCGAGGCUGGACCCGGCGGGGCCCGGAGGGUCGGUCGUGCCCGGCCCCGGUCCUGGUCGUCUGCGGCGUCUUCAGGGAACCGGAGACGUCGCGUCGCGCUGGCAGGAUUGGGCCAAGCCUAUGCCCUGGCUUUUGCAGAAAGAGGAGCAUUGGUUGUUGUAAACGAUCUAGGAGGAGACUUCAAGGGAAUUGGCAAAAGCUCCAGGGCUGCCGAUAAGGUCGUUGAAGAGAUAAGAAGGAAAGGUGGAAAGGCCGUGGCCAACUAUGACUCUGUGGAAAUGGGAGAGAAAGUUGUGAAGACAGCCCUGGAUGCUUUUGGAAGAAUAGAUGUCGUGGUCAACAAUGCUGGGAUUCUGAGGGACCGCUCCUUCUCUAGGAUCAGUGAUGAAGACUGGGACAUUAUCCAAAGAGUUCAUUUGCGGGGCUCAUUCCAGGUGACCCGGGCAGCAUGGGAGCAUAUGAAGAAACAGAAGUAUGGCAGGAUCAUCAUGACUUCAUCAGCUUCAGGAAUAUAUGGCAAUUUUGGCCAGGCAAAUUACAGUGCAGCCAAGCUGGGCAUCCUGGGCCUGGCCAACACUCUUGCAAUUGAGGGCAGGAAGAGCAACAUUCACUGUAACACCAUUGCGCCAAACGCCGGGUCCCGGAUGACCCAGACUGUGAUGCCGGGAGAUCUUGUUGAAGCCCUGAAGCCAGACUAUGUGGCACCCCUGGUCCUUUGGCUUUGCCAUGAGAGUUGUGAGGAAAAUGGCGGCUUGUUUGAGGUUGGAGCAGGAUGGAUUGGAAAAUUGCGCUGGGAGCGGACCCUUGGAGCCAUUGUAAGACAGAGGAAUCUGCUAAUGACUCCUGAGGCAGUGAAAGCUAACUGGGAGAAGAUCUGUGACUUUAGUGAUGCCAGCAAGCCUCAGAGCGUCCAAGAAUCAACGAGUGGUAUAAUUGAAGUCUUACAUAAAGUUGAUUCAGAAGGAGGAGUUUCAACAAAUCAUACCAGCCACGCAGCAUCUUCCACCACAACAGGAUUUGUAAGUGCUUCCACUUCAGGGUCUGUCUUCUCUGGAGAUGUGUCCUCCUUCCUCUCUCUUCUCUCUAAAAUAGUCACUCUCUUUCAUCCACA